AUGAUCCGUGGGUCGCUUUCAUCAGCUGAGGCAGAGGAUGGCAGAGGAUCCACAACAAGAUCACGUCGCUCAUGGCGAGGCUUCGGACGAUGGAUGUCAGCGGCAGAGGGGACGGAGGGCGCACCGAAGACGCCCGAACAGUGGGCUGCGGCCCAAGAGUGGCUCUUUGGACGUUGGACGCUCUUGGCGACACAAUUGCGCCGAAUGGAUUUAGUCUUCGAAGCUCGCAUGCGCUUUCUGGAGAUGCCACCAGAGCAACGAGAGAAAUUGGCCCCCAAGUGGUUAGACGAGGACCAACCGCUUUGGGAACAAGGUUCCAUCCCGCUGACAGCUCUGAUCGAUGAACAGGCAGAGGUUCCAGUGUUACAGCCCAUCAUGGACUACUCCAAGCCGGCUGUGCUGGAAGCGGCUGCACAGCCUGCAGACGAGCCGGCACCGGAGCCCGUCUCCAGUGCUCCCACCAAGGAGGUCGAAGAAGUGGCGCCUGCUCGCCAAGAGCCAGAGUUCGUGGUCAACGUGCUGGUGGAUCCUGAUGAGCAGCCUGAUGCUUCUGGGAUCGACAGAGGGCAAGGAUGCCGUGACAGACUGAAGACCAUGAAGUUGGACGGGUGGUUUGCAGCACCACAGCUGCGAGAGGUUUGUGCCCUGAGCCUGCUGCUGGCGGCCUCCUGUGUUUGUUGGUUCAAGUCCCGCAGGCAACGCCUCACUGAUGAGGAGCUCUGGCAGGCUCAGCAGGAGGCGAACCGCCAGAGCAAGCUGAGAGAUGAAGAACGGAAAGGUCGCAUCCGCGCGGAACAGGAGCUGCGGCAGCGCGGCGGCGCUGCGAGUGCCCCGGAGGGCUUGACUGAAGGCGCGGAGCCGACAGAGGCCUUCACGUUCCAUCCAAUUGGCACCUUCCAGUCCUGCUAUCAGCAGCGCUGUGGAACACCACGUCAAAGUAACCUGGUGAAGAGCAGCUUAGCCACGCUCCGAUGUGUACGGGAUUUGAAUCCAGAGGCUGCCCUGGAAGGAUUAGUGGACUUCAGCCACGUUUGGGUACUCUACAUCUUCCACGAGAAUACCAACACUCUGCGAGGGCCAAAGAGUGUGUCACGACGUCGUCAACAACAGGGCCGUGUGCCCUUGUGGCAGGGACUUUGCAUGAAAGUGGCUCCGCCACGAUGUCCAGAGCUGCGUGUAGGGGUUUUGGCAUGUCGGACGCCUCAUCGGCCGAAUCCCAUUGGCCUCUCCUUGGCGAAAGUCGUCGAGGUGAAACCAUCGGAGGGCAUUUUGGUCUUGGCUGGUUUGGACGUUAUCGAUGGAACCCCUUGCCUAGAUUUGAAACCAUAUCUACCCAGCUUCGAGGCGAUUGAUGCCUCAGUGCCUCAGUGGGUUCAAACCUCCUAUGAGGAACCCAUGAUGGAGGUCACCUGGUCUCCUGAAGCCUCACAGCAGCUUUCGGAGCUGCAAAGCACGGAGCAGCUGCGACUGGAGCCCUUCCACUCGGCUGAGCAGCUAAAACAGGUGCCACAGGGCAUUUGGUCGGCGUGGAGGCAAUUGAAGAGACCCUGGCGUUGGAUAUCCGAUCGCCGUUGCAAAAGCAGCGCAAUCCACAUCCAGGGCGACAGGGGCCCAGUGAGCUUCUCGAGCGACCCUUCUUCACCGGGGACUUGUGGUUCCAAGAGCUUCACAUCAAGUACUCCCUGCUGCCCGGAAGAGCCCACCAGAGCUUUGGCAGAUUCAUCGUUUGUCUUAGGUGAGGAUGCGGAGAAUUGCAUCGAGCAUUUUCUGGCUUCCAUUGACCAAGAAGAGAAGCAGCUGGCAAAUCCGGUGCAGGUCACCUUCCUCAGCAUCCCUGGAUUUGAAGGCGUUCUUUGUGUCAGGCUCCACAGAAAAGAAAGCGAAUAUGCACAAAUCGCAGCGCCUCUGCUAGAUAUGGUGCUGCGAGAGAUUUCCGCACCCAACCGCAAAGACAUUUUUCGCGAAGACAAGAACCUUGAGGUCGGAGAAGAGUGCCCGAUCUUGAGUGAUCUUCACGGCAGGGGCUUGUUCCGGGCUGAAUACAUCUCAGCGAGGGGCUCCGUGGCCCAAGUCCAAGCUGUUGGGCUGGCGAGCAAUUUGCAGGCAAGAAGCAGGGCGCUUUACCUGGCCCUUAGCAUCACUAUUAUUCUUCGUUUGCUCAGCCCUCGCCAAGUGCAUGCGGUGUACGAGUCCUUCACCCGCUUGCAGGGGCUGGUGGCCCUGACGCAGAAGGCGCUCUGCGCUGCGCCGCCCAGCCCCUCCUCCGAGGAGAUCGAGAGUUUCCAGGCGGAAGUGGGAGCUUUGUGCCACCCACCUGGUGCCAUGGAGAGGGAAUGGCUGGUGCCCUCUGACAGGAGCCCAUGA